AUGGCGUCUAUCACAUCCAUAGGCCCAGCGCCCAUUGUUCUCGCUGGUCUAUGCGCUCUCUUCGCGUUCGUCUUGGCGAUGCGUGGCAUGCCUCGGAGAAGUCGAGCUCGGGGCAACCUAUCUCUUCCACCCGGUCCGGUGAAAGCACCCAUAAUCGGCAAUCUACUCGACGUGCCAAGGUCUCAACCUUGGGUGUCCUAUCGCGAUUGGAGUCGCAAAUACGAUUCGGACCUCGUCCAUUUUUCGAUAUUGGGCAAGCAUACAGUCAUAGUCAAUUCGGCGCAUGCUGCAAACGAAUUAUAUGUAAAACGGUCCUCGCGCUACUCUGACAGACCCCCUAUGACGGCUAUGAAGUUACUCGGCUUAGAGUGGCCGAUCGGCAUCGUUCCUUAUGGGUCUACGUGGCGUCUAGUGCGCAGAUUGUUCCACGAGGAAACGCGGCCGGAAGUUUAUGCUACGUACGAAUCGUACAGGGAGAAAGCCGUACAUGCAUUUCUGCUCACGCUGAUCACUCAACCGCAAGACUUCAAGAUGAACAUCAAACAUCUGGCUGGCAGGAUCCUUAUGCGCGCGGCAUACGGGUUCGACAUACGCAGUCAGGACGAUCCCUAUAUCGAGAUUGCCGAAAAGACUCUCGGUGCUGCCAAUGUCGCAGCGUCCUUCAGUGGGAUUGUCCUUGAUUUGAUACCCAUUUUGAAAUAUAUGCCCACUUGGUUUCCCGGUGCAGGUUUCAAAAGAUAUGCGUCCAAGACUCGACCAGAGGUUAGCCGAGCAGUAUUGGACAAACCUUGGGCAGUUGUUGCAGCUGCGAAGCGUGGUGAUCUAAAUGGCAGCGAGGGCUCUUCGGUGGCCGGCAACUUGCUUGACAAAUAUGGCGACGAUUCUUCACUGCAUGAGGUCUUGAAGACUGUGCCAGCCACAGUGUAUCUCGCGGGAGUUGAGACGACGGUCUCGAGUCUCCUUUUCUUUUUCAUGGCCAUGGCCCUAUACCCAGAUGUACAGAAGAAGGCGCAACACGAGCUCGACUCUGUGUUGUGCGGUGCGCUUCCCACCCUUGUAGAUCGCACAAGAUUGCCGUAUACAACAGCACUGGUCAGUGAAGUCUUUCGGUGGCACCCUGCAGUACCCCUUGGCAUCCCACAUUCUGUGACUGAAGAUGAUAUCUAUGAAGAUAUGCGCAUCCCAGGAGGUUGCAUGGUGAUUGGCAAUAUCUGGGCAAUUACACACGAUCCUGAUCAAUUUCCUCGACCCGAAACCUUCAAUCCUGCGCACUUCAUAUCCACAACCGAUGGUGGUAUGUACUCGCUCGACGAUAGCAAGACAUAUGGAUCGCAGGGGACCCCGUUUCCCGAUGACGCCUUUGGUUUUGGACGACGUCUGUGUCCUGGUCGUGACAUAGGUGUAUCAAGCAUCUGGCUGAUUAUUGCGUCCGUGCUAUGCACGUUCGAUAUCAGUCAGGUCAAGGAUGAGAGCGGUCGCGAGGUGCCGAUCUCGGACUCGUGCACAGAUGGGUUGAUCUCCUAUCCUGGUCCUUACGAGUGCUCGAUAAGGCCACGGAAGGAGGUAAAUGUUGAGAACUUGGUAUCGCGGAGCGAUUGA